AUGACGGAGAUUUCCGUCAAGCUUCCACAUGAGCCCUACAACAUCCAAGUUACGGUAUCGAGCCAGGAACAAGUCCAGGAUGUUCGUCAAUCGAUCGUUGAGCUGCCGGGUACCUUUCAGUACACGAGCUUUCACCUGGAGCAUAAUGGAACCAGGAUAAAUGACUACAUUGAACUGUCCGAGGUCAAGGACAUCCAGGCGAAUUCGGAAGUCGUCCUGGUCGAGGACCCCUACACUGAGAAGGAGGCUCGGAUGCAUGUGAUUCGGAUAAGGGAGCUGAUCGGCGCCGCGGGAGAUCGUGUCGACAACCUGCACGGCAUUUGUGCUGGCUUGUCGCUUCAUGACUCCGUCGCUGCUGGCGAGCAAUUGACGGACACGAAGGAGGGAGAGAGGGGCGUGGUCAGAGAUCACGCGCUUGUAGACUAUGACAUGACAGCUCCUCCAGUUUUGCAAACGAUACUCCCCCGAGCCCAGCCGUCACUGCCCAAGACGGUGAAAGCAAUUUCUCUUUCUCCUUGGAACCCUCCUCCUUACCACCUUCGCCAACGGGGGCAUUUAUUAUAUCUCCAGGUAACUACGAAUGAAGGUGAACAACACCAGAUAACGUCCCACGUUUCUGGAUUCUUUGUAAACAAGUCCUCAAACGCCAAAUUCGACCCAUUCCCCAGACCCGCUCCCAAGAACUACAGCGCCCACUCGCUAUUGACCUUAAUCUCUAUGCUCUCUCCCUCAUUCGAUGCCUCAUUUAAAGCCCUUCAAGAAUCAAACAACAAAAAGGAUUUACUGACUACAUUCCCAUUCCAAAACUCCAUUCCCAAGAACCCAUGGCUUGUGCCACCCACUUCAUCCGCUGUCACAGCCCAUCAGUCAGACAUCACCCGUUCCCAAGAGAACUGCUUGAUUUUUGGCGUGGACAAUUCCGAAACUUUGAGGGACUGGAAUGAAGAGUUCCAAAGCACAAGAGAGCUUCCCAGGGAAACGGUCCAGGACAAAGUCUCUAGGGAACGUUUGACUUCGAAGCUUUUUGCUGACUACAACGACGCAGCUGCUCGUGGAGCUGUACUAGUUGCAAAGGGCGAAAUUGCACCCCUGAACCCAACUGAAGGAAAGGAUGCGCAGAUAUUUGUUUAUAACAAUAUCUUCUUCUCCUUCGGAGCUGAUGGGGUUGGAACUUUUGCGUCGGAAGGUGGCGAUGAAGCUGCCAGGGUUGCGGUGGGGAAAGACGUUGUCGGCGCGAAAGCCGUCAACCAGCUCGAUAUCCCCGGCCUCUUCACCCCUGGAACUGUUGUUGUUGACUAUCUGGGUAAGCGUUUGGUUGGCCAGAGCAUUGUUCCCGGCAUCUUCAAGCAACGCGAACCCGGCGAACACCAAAUCGAUUAUGGAGGAGUCGAGGGAAAGGAAGUUGUUGCAGAGCACAAAGACUUUGUUCCAGUGUUUGAGAAACUAUCCGCCUCGCUGCGAGUUAAGAAGCAUCCGGUCUGGGACAAAGAAGGAAAAAGGCAUGAUCUGGAAGGAAGUGUAGAAACCAAGGGUCUUUUGGGCACCGAUGGCCGGAAAUAUGUUCUCGAUCUUUAUCGCAUUACUCCACUGGAUGUAGCCUGGUCUGAAGACGCUGAGGGACAUGAGCCAUAUCCCCACAGAAUGUCUGUCUUGAGAUUAGAACUAGUUGAGUUGUACUGGAGAUAUAAGAUGGGACAGUAUGUUAAAGCUGAGGUUCAGAAACGAAAGACUGCGAAACGGGAAGCUGAGAAGACUAAAGCCGUUGAAGCUCAAAAUGAAGACAAGGCUGAGCUCCUAUCAACGAGCGAUCCGGGCGAAGGCGAGAAUAAGGCAGUUGCUAGCGAACAGGAACGCGUUGACAUUUCUGCCUUCAAGCUUGCCCUUAACCCUGAUGUCUUCAGCGGCCAAGUACCUCAAACAGACGAGGAGAAGGAGGAGUGGGCCCAGGACGAGAAGGAAGUCCGGUCAGCUUGCGAUCACUUGAUUUCCAAGGUCAUUCCAGAGCUUAUCCAGGACUUGCACGAUGGCGACGUUGGCUUCCCGAUGGAUGGAGAGUCAUUAACCCAACUCCUCCACAAACGAGGAAUCAAUGUUCGAUACCUAGGCAAGUUGGCCAAACUCUCUCAAGCAAAGGGACAAAGGCUAUUGGCGUUGACCGCGCUCCUGAUCCAAGAAAUGGUUUCUCGCUCCUUCAAACAUAUCGCUAACCGGUAUUUGCGAUAUCUCCCAUCUCCCUUCACUGCUUCCUGCGUUUCCCACUUAUUGAACUGCUUUCUCGGGGCUGAAGUCAACUCAAACCCACGUCCAGAGAUAGAUGAGGAAUUGAGGGAAAUUUAUCCAGAAGGUGACUUCUCUUUCGAAAAGGUUACACCUACCUCGCUCAAGGGGGAUAUUGAAAAACAAAUCAAGAUCCGCUUCAGAUUCAACCUCGAGCCCAAGUGGACUUCGUCACUCAAACACCUCCAACUUCUGCGAGAUAUUUCUAUUAAACUUGGUCUUCAGAUAGGUGCCCGCGAGUUUGCCUUCGAACGUUCGCAGAUCAAGUCCCAGGAGCAUUCUCCUGAGCCUAGCAGCACUCAUAGUUCGCAAGACGAGCGGGGAAAGAGAAAAAAGAAAAAGGGGAGCAACAGUGAUUCACCAAGCCGAGUAGCGGCAAGCCCUAGGCCCGUUGUUACGUUUGUGCCAGAGGAUAUCCUGAACAUCGUGCCUCUCGUUAAGGAUGCUUCCCCGCGAAGUGCUCUUGCGGAAGAAGCCUUGGAGGCUGGGCGAAUUUCGAUUAUGCAAAACCAGAAAGAAAUAGGGCAGGAACUUAUCUUGGAAUCGCUCUCCCUCCAUGAACAAAUCUAUGGCAUCCUUCAUCCUGAAGUAGCCAAGCUGUACCAUCAACUCUCCAUGCUUUACUAUCAAACAGAUGAGAAAGAAGCCGCCGUUGAGUUGGCACGGAAAGCCGUUAUUGUUACUGAGAGGACAAUGGGUGUUGACUCUGCCGACACAAUUUUGAGCUACCUCAAUCUCAGCUUGUUCGAGCACGCAUCAGGAAACACUCAUACUGCCCUGAUUUAUAUCAGACAUGCAUUGGAACUCUGGAAAAUUAUCUACGGUUCACACCACCCAGACUCGAUUACAACCAUGAACAACGCUGCUGUCAUGCUUCAACAUCUCAAAAAAUAUCCCGAUUCCCGAAAGUGGUUUGAGGCUUCACUGACUGUCUGUGAAGGCCUCUUUGGAAGACAAUCAAUCAACACCGCUACCAUUCUCUUCCAGCUUGCCCAGGCCCUUGCGCUUGAUCAGGACUCAAAGGCUGCCGUCAACCGUAUGCGUGACGCGUACAACAUCUUCCUCAACGAACUCGGCCCCAACGACCGGAAUACCAAAGAAGCAGAAAGCUGGCUUGAACAGUUGACUCAGAAUGCUGUGUCCAUUGCCAAGCACGCAAAGGACAUCCAAGCUCGCAGACUCCGCCGAACCAACCUUUCACCGCGCAUGACGAUAGGAACCAAACCGCAGCCUCAGGUUGGCCAAAACGCACCAGCGACUACCAACGGAGCAACCUCCAAAAGCAUCGGGCUGGACUCGAGAAGUAUUGAUGAACUGUUGAAAUUUAUUGAGGGGGGUGGCGAAUCUCGUAGCCCUCGCUCUAAGCAGAAGAAGCGGGCUGCAGCCAGCAACCCUAAGCUCCGUGGAUCGAAGCAAUCCACUGUUCAGACGGCCUAA